UCUGGACUCCUGGAUGCAGAAUGACUGUGUACAACAUUUUGUCAUAAUUCUGAACAUGACUCUUCUGUCUUUCAGAUCCUGAGAGAAGAGAAUGGACAAUAAGAAUAUUUCCUUCAUUACUGAGUUUAUCCUGGUGGGUUUAACAAAGUAUUCAGAGACCCAGUUCCCCUUCUUCUUCCUCUUCCUAGGUAUCUAUGUUGUCACUGUGGCAGGCAACCUGGGCUUACUCACUCUAAUUGGACUAAAUUCUCCCCUUCACACUCCUAUGUAUUACUUCCUCUUUAAUUUAUCUUUCAUUGGUCUCUGUUAUUCUACUGUUAUCACCCCCAAACUGUUGAUAAACUUUGUUUCGGACAUGAACACAAUUUCCUAUGAAGGGUGCAUGACUCAGCUCUUUUUCUACUGCUUCUUUGUCAGUGCAGAAUGCUAUGUGUUGACAGUGAUGGCAUAUGAUCGCUAUGUGGCCAUCUGUAAGCCUCUGCUGUACACAGUUACCAUGUCCCCUCAGGUCUGCUCUCUGUUGGCUCUCAUUGUCUAUGUGGGAGCAUUUAUUGGUGCAUGGGCUCACACAGGGUACAUGCUGAGAUUGACCUUCUGUAAGGACAACAUCAUCAAUCAUUACAUGUGUGACAUCCUUCCACUGCUAGAGCUUUCCUGCACCAGCACUUACAUCAAUGAGCUGGUAGUAUUCAUUGUUGUAGGUUUCGAUGUAGGUGUGCCCAGCAUCACCAUCAUUGUUUCUUACACAUUCAUUCUUUCAAACAUACUUCAAAUUCAUUCUACUGAAGGAAGGUCCAAGGCCUUCAGCACUUGUAGCUCACAUAUAAUUGUGGUUUCUGUUUUCUUUGGAUCAGGGGCAUUCAUGUACCUCCAUCCUUCUUCUGUCUUGUCCAUGGAUCAAGGGAAAGUGUCCACUGUAUUCUAUACCAUUGUGGUACCCAUGCUCAAUCCUUUGAUCUACAGCUUCAGGAACAAGGAGGUCAAGGUUGCCCUGAGAAAAACCUUGAGUAAGAAAAUAUUCUCCUGAGUUGAGGGUAGUAUUACUUAUUAAAGAAAACACUGGCUUCUCUUAAAAUAUGAAG